UUAAUCCGCCAUUAUGGCAAAAGAUCCUAAAAGAGAAAAGCUGUUAUCAAUGGACACCCUAGGAAAUGACAAAUUUCGUGCUGGAGAGUACUGUGAAGCAAUACAGUGCUUCGAGAAUUGUGUAGAAAUCGCUAAAGAAACCAAUGACAUGCGGAGAGUAGGAAAAUACUACACAAACACAGGYUUAGUUUAUGAGACAAUAAAAAAUUUCCACAAGGCAAUUGAAUGUAACCAAAAGUCUUUGAGUAUUGCUUUGGAAUUGCGGGACAGAAACGCUGAAACUUUAGCAUACGGGAACCUAGGACGUUGUUUACUCAAUGCGGGCAAAUAUGAUGAGGCAAUCAAGUAUUACGAAUUGAWACUUAACCUUAGCAAGGAGAUGGACGACAAAGACCAAGAAGAGGAAGCUUAUUUGGAUAUAGGAAUAGCACUUCAAGAGUUGAGUAAAAACAAUGAAGCUAUUGAAUAUUAUGAAAAUGGUCUUAGCAUUGCUCAACAGAUUGGUAAAAGAGAAGUCAUGAUGUGGGAAAACCUAGGACAUGCUUAUGAAUCAACAGGAAACUACAAGAAGGCAGCCGAAUAUCAUAAUAAGUGCCUCAGCGUGGCCAAAGAGUGGGAUGACAGACAACUGGAAGGAUUGGCAUAUGGUCAUUUAGGAGGUGUGUAUCAUUUAUUAGGAAACAAUCACAAAGCAAUUGAGUGCUAUAAUAAGAGUCUCGACAUUGUAUCAGAAGUCAAAGACACCGAGAGAAAAGGAAUACUUUAUGGAAAGCUAGGAAAUUCGUAUCAGUCUUUAGGAAAUUACAAGAAAGCUAUGGAAGAGCAUAAAAAAUGCUUAAACAUUGCCAUCAGUGAAAGCAACAUGGCAGAGCAAGCCGUAGCCUAUUCGGGUAUAGGAAGUGAUUUUUUGCUAAUGGGAAAAUACGAUCUGGCAAUGGAUUACCACAAAAGGAGUCUCAAAAUAAGUGAACAAAUAAGCAACAAAGAGUAUGAACAAGCGGCUUAUGGAAACCUAGGAAAUACUUUCAAAGCUCUAGGAAGACUUGACGAUGCAAUUAAAUGCCAUCAAAAAGAUCUCGACAUCUCGUUACAGAUAGGAAACAAGGAGGGAGAAGGGGCAGCGAAUAGCAACUUAGGAAUGGUUCAUAUGGCACUAGGUAAAUCUACCAAAGCAGUUGUAUAUUUCAAAAAAAGUCUUGACAUCGCUUUAAAAAUUGGAGACACAUUUGGAGAAGGAACUGCUUAUGUAAACUUGGGAAAAGCAUAUCAUUCGUUAGGUAUACUCCACAAAGCAAUUGAUUACCACGAAAAAAGCCUUAAUAUUGCUAUAGAGAUAGGAGAUAGAAAGGGAGAAGGCGUUGCUUACUUGAAUCUAGGAUGUGUAUACCAGACAUUACGAAAAAACAUCAAGGCAAUAGAAUAUCAUGCAAGACAUAUAAAUAUCACACAGGAGAUUGGCGACAAGAAGGGAGAGGGCGUCGGCCACUUUCAUUUUGGUCUUUGCUACUUAAGAAAACACAAUCUCGAGAGAGAGGGGAGUGAACUUCACUGUAGCUGUAUGGUAGAAGCCGAAAGACAAUUUUUGAAGUGCAUAGCUUGCCAUGAGUCUCUUUUCGACGACCUCACACAAGAUCAAGACAGGAUAUCUAUAGUAGACACCUACGACAAAGCCUACAAAUUUCUAGCUUUUAUUUAUUUCGACUCACAAUUGGUAGACCAAGCACUUCUGGCCUGUGAUCGUGGUCGAGCCCGUGCUUUGGGUGAGCUUCUCAAUCUAAAAUACGAAAUUGAUAAAGGAACAACGGAUAAAAUCGCACCCACUAUUGUCGAUGUCAAGCAGCUUUUAACAACUUCGAAAUUCUGCAUUUUGUUUUAUGCACUUCACCCGGUUGAUCCAAAUGUUAGCAKUUUGGUUCUUACUUACAAACAUGCUACGUUCCAUGUUAAUAGUGACAUCAAAGAUCUAGAAUCAUCUGCAGAAUGCUUUACGGAUAAGUCAGACGAACUGAAUGAUAAACUUUUGACCAAUCUAUUAGAGAACGCUUACGACUACAUGAAUGUUAGGAAGGUGCUGGUGAACUGUGAAGAUAGAUCGGUUUCGUUGUUAAACGAUAGUGAAGCUGACUGUAUUUCUAAAGACGCCGUAAACCAAGAAAACGCAGAAAAACCUUUGCAAAAUCCCAAGCUAAGAAACGUAUAUGAUGUAGACGAAGACGACAAGCCUUUGCAAUUGCUUUAUCAUAAACUGGUGUCUCCAAUAGCUCAAAACAUCUUCCAAGAUGAAGUGGUUGUCAUUCCUGAUGGUCCUUUGUUCAUGGUUCCAUUUGCUGCCCUUCAAGAUCCCAAAACAGGAAAAUAUCUUUCCGAAACUAAAUGCGUUCGUAUGGCUUCUUCCUUAACAACUUUGAAGCUCUUACAAGAAUCUGCUAAAGAUCAGCAUUAUGAGUCAGGUGCGCUGAUAGUCGGAAAUCCGAAGGUCGGAAAAGUCAUAUUUAGAGGUCUAGAGCGAUCGAUUACAGACUUGCCCGGCGCCGAAGACGAAGCUAAAAAAGUCGGAAAAAUACUCGGAGUAAAGCCAUUGAUUGGACAAAGGGCGACAAAGGAACUGGUAAUGCAGAAACUGCAGAUUGGCGUGUCAGUCAUCCACUUUGCAGCACACGGAAGUGAAAAUGGACAGAUACUCCUUGCUCCUUCUGUACCAUCACCAAGAGACACUACUCCAGAAGAGGAGGACUACGUCUUGACAAUGAAAGAAGCACAGGAAAUCGGAAUCCGAGCACAACUAGUUGUUCUAAGCUGCUGUCACAGUGGACGUGGCAAAAUAAUGUCCGAGGGAGUUGUAGGAAUGAGUCGAGCGUUUCUAGCUGCAGGAGCUCAAUCUGUCGUUGCGUCGUUGUGGGCCAUUGAUGAUGAAGCUACCAAAGUCUUUAUGCUCAAGUUUUAUUCACAUCUAAAGAAAGGAGAGACUUCAAGUAAGAGUCUACAACAAGCAAUGAAGGAGGUGAGAGAAAUGGAUGAAUACAAGCAACCAAAAUACUGGGCGGGCUUCUUCCUCAUUGGAGACGAUGUCAAAAUAGACUUUUCUCAAAUGAACUAGAACCACUAUGUGAAUUUAACCGUGCUCAGUUUCACUUUAUUGGUGUUUUCAUUUUUUUUCAUUAGAAUAUAGUAUAUUGCGUUAUGCUAUACAUUUUUGAAUGAUAUAUUGAUUGAUUGAAGAUUUUAUUGACUACUCAGUGGCGGAUUUAGGGGAGGGUCCAGUUUUUCCUCCCAUACAAACACUGUAUUUAUACUUUCUAUUAAGCUGACUUUCUUGUAAGCGCCGGACGCGGACAUUUUUUUCCUCCCC